AGCAGAAUGGAACAUUCCACCCCCUCCCCCCCAGGCCAAGAUUUGCAGAGGUCCUGCAUCGCUCUCCUCUGCAUCGCGCUCAUUCAUAGGCGGAGGAUCUGAGAUCGUUGGGUUAAUAUAUUAUUUUCCGCAGAUCUCUUCGCCAAGGAUAACUGAGGUUCUGAAGAUGAGUUUGAUUCCUUCAGCUUUCAAAGUUCCAAUUGUGUAAGAAAACAAACAAAAGCAGAAGCCCAGACUAAAUUCACCAUGUAUAUGCUGACUUAUGGUUAAGACAUCAAGAAAGAAGAGAUAGCUUUUUGUACAUUUCGACACAAUGAGCCGCCGUGGCAACAACUGGGCCUAUUCUGAGGUCAUUGACCUCCUGGAUAUAUGGGGAGAGGAAAAGAUCCAGAAACUGCUUCUGAGCAGCUAUAGAAAUAUGGACACAUUCCAAGUCAUUGCAAGUGAGAUGGCAAAGCGGGGUCAUGAACGUACUGCCCAGGAGUGCCGGACUAAGACGAAAACCAUGAGAAGAGAUUACAAGAAAGCCAAGGACAGUUUCUCCUCUGGGGGUGACUAUAUUUCUUGCCCAUUCUAUGAUCAGCUUGAUAGAAUAUUGGCUAUUGAAUCGAGUUUUCUGCUGCAUAAGAAGGGACAAAUCCCUCUGCCAGAGGAGUCAUCGGGGGAUACCAAUUCCCCAUGUCCCACAGCAGAGGGAGCAGUGCCUGUCGUGACUGAGGACUGCAAUGACAGCCAAGACCAGCCUUCCCCAUGUCCACAGAUGAGCGUUGAACUCUCUGACUCUGCCACACCCAGCCCCAUGGUUUACAUGAUGAAGCCAGCUUCUGGGAACCCUGCAAGCAUGGCUUGGCCAACACCAAAAACUGAUCAUCCAACACCUUCCUUGUCAUCUAUAUUUUCUAGCAGCUCAUUAACCAAAGACUCAAGGAUGGAUUCUGCUCUCGGACCCUCACCAUCUCUGCUGGGUAACUAUGUGAAUCUUCCUUCCGAAGACCGCCUAUCCAGAGUCCGAAAACGGCAGAGGAAAAUCAGGGGUGAUUUGGUCAUGGAGCUCUCACGGAUAGCAGACCGGAGAGCCCACACAGUGACUGAGAGGAUCCUGUCGUCUCUGAACAGGUACGCUGCAGCUGACAUGCAAGACCGGGAGAGAGACCGGGCGGACACUGCACAAAUAAUCGCGAUCAUGCAGCGCCAGACGGAACUGCUGGAGUCACUGGUGCAGAUGCAGUCCACGGAACAGACCCCAGCACCCCCUGCCCCUUCCUGGCACGCUCGUCCGCGCCCUGCAAUCUCUCCUCCCUCCCGCCCAGGUGUCCCACGGCGGACACUAGUCGCCAGGGUGAAUCACAGGAGGAAGCAACAGAAGUUCAACCCUUAACUGUGCUUUUGCUUUGUGGUUCUUGAAAUACUGGGUUUGACCAUUCAGACUGUUGACUCUACCCGUUUUGCCUUUUGUUUAAUAUUUCUUAAUUGACAGAUGUAUACUCCCUGGUUUAAUUUCAAAUGAUCAACUAACAUCAAGGAGAAAAGUACAAAGACACUGGUUGGAGAUCAGUUUCUCCUUUGUCGUCUUUUGAUAGAUGGGAUUAACAUUCCUCUUCCCCUUUUUCCUCUGAUACUGUCUAUAAUAUGAUAUGAGAUAACAGCAAGCAUAUAUUCAGAACUAAUGGUAAUUUGUGAUAGUUGAAGUAUAGAGAAGAAAAA